CCGAAGCUCAAUACUUGAAGAAACUGUGGCUUGCCACGGUGCGUUUCGUGCGCCACUACAGUGUUAGUUGAAUUUUCACCUCCUCAAGACGCGAAGUGUGCUCGUUUGUGUUCCCUCCCGCGCGUCCAUCAUGUUCUGCCGCCGGUCUGCCUGCCGAGGGCUGAUAGCGCUGCUAGUUCUACUAGGUUGUAUUGUUAGCUUCUACGCGCUAGAAGCGCCGCCACUUCCCGACGUGGUGCCACUGGCGAAAGCGCUGCAGGGCCACGUCGACAAGUUCAAGAAGCUGCGGGACGACCUGAAAGCGCUGCAAAAUUCCCAGGAUCGCCAAAAUCCGCUCGCCUUUUUCCGCGAAACGAUGCGCAUCAUGGAGGGGUUGCAGUCGCUCGGCAAAGACUGGAAGGAUAUUGAGCGGCUGCAGAACAAGAACGACCGCGAUCGUGACUUUGAAAACCUGCUGACCGAGAUGGAUCCACUGUGCGGCCAGCGGACGCCCCGGACGGCGUUCUUCGAGAUUAAGCUGCGGUGCAGCUACACCGAUCUCGGUGGCAAACCGUACUACAGGAUUGGACCGCUCAAGCAGGAGCUGGUGAACCGGGUCCCGUUCGUGGUGACCGUCUAUCACGAUCUGCUGACGGAGAGUGAAGUGCGCCGGGCCAACGAAACACGCAUGAUCGAGCCGAGCGUUCGGCGUCGGCUGGACACCCUCGUGCCGAACCUGUACAACGUGGCCGUGCGGGAAGUGAGCGAACGGGGAUACAAUGGUGGCAAAGUGAAAGCGCCCGCCCACAGCAUCAUGCUUUACCUGGAAUCGUAUAAAACAGGUGGUAUGACGUUAUUCCCCGGAGGUACAUUCGUAGUGGCACCCAGGAGCGGAAGCCUGCUGGUCUCCAAGCAGCAUCCCUCGAUCUGUCCGUCCAGUAUUUCUUUAAACGUCAUCACCAAUUUUAAUCUUCCUCUGACGGCGAAAACGCACUGAUGACACGCUUAGAGCUUAACGUUAGUUUGACAGAAAUAAAUUGGCUAGAUAUACAUUCUUAA